AUGACGAUCCGCGGGGAACAACGCAUGGGCUUCUUCCCAAAAGCAGACGCCGCCGUUCUACAGUCAAAGCAUGAGCCUGAACGCAUUCGUCCCCAGACCGUCGGGCCUGUCUUCGAUACGGAACACGCAGGGCAGCCCAUCGACCCAUGGUCGCCUGCGGCCGCUAGAGAAUGCUAUCCUCUACCCGUCGAAGAUGGCGCACCCGCGACUAUCCCAGACGAGCCUUCUUGUCUCAGUGACCGUUAUCUCUACCCACUGUUGACCCAAAAUGAAAGGCUUAGGCUCACGAUGCUCUGGUACUACACCCGUGACACCCUUGGGGAUGCCGAGCUUCUCUCGCGGCUCCAGGAGAAGGCGUUCCUCGCCCAGGAGUCGAUAGGGUGGGAGUUCGCCAUCAUUGGUCUCCUGGGUAUUAACACCUACACGCGUCUGGCUACCUUUGGUCUGCCAUUGGCAAUCCUUCCGCGCCGUGAAAGUACCUGCGCCCACACAGUCAAUCAACCUCUCACGAAUGUUUUUCUUCUCCCUAACAUGGCCGAGGACUGGAGAUUUCGAGAGUCUCCGCACGUCGAGAUUGGUGGCCUUCGAUCGUAUGCUGGCGCUCCUCUCCGGCUUGAGACAGAGUUUGGUGAGGGUAUUGCUCUUGGUUCUCUUUGCGUCGCUUCAAACUCGGCCCAUGGAGCCUUGACAAAAGAACAGCAGGUUACGCUCACCCGUCUUGCUGAUUGGGCCGUCUCGGAUAUCAUUCAUUGUGCCAGAGCUAGACGCUUGCGGGAACGGCGCCGGAUGGCCGAGCUCAUCUCGAAGGCGCAAUACAAAGCCGAGGUGGAGUCCUCAGAAGAGGCCGUCAUGGAAAUCCUGCGGGCGGUAUAUCCCAAGGCUUUGAUUGAAGUGCAGUCAUCCAAGGCAUCUCAGAUCGGGAUCGCGAGGCGGGGCCCCAUUUCAGCCCAUGAGCUCGAAGGCGGUCUCUGGGAAGACGUCGACUAUAUCGACGACUUUAUUGAGAACUACAAUCACCAGGAGCCUCCAGUGGACAGGGUAAUACGGUUGAUUGCCGCCCAGUGUGAUGCACCGUCCGGGCCAUCCUUCCUAGUUGUGGCCUCCAACGAGCUCCAGCUGGUUUUCGACGAUGUCGACUCCUGGUUCGUCCAGACAUGUGCGGCAAUGCUCACCAAGGUCUGGCACAAACGCCUACUGCGGGAGGCUGUGACAGCGAAAGAAACAUUCCUCCGGAGUGUGACACACCAGCUUCGAACCCCGAUUCACGGUAUUAUGGGCUCUAUAGAGCUUCUCUCCGAGGAGUUGAAAACGCAGAACGUGCCUCAGAACAGCGAGCUCGGGGCAACCAUACUUUCGAAGGAUGACGUACAGUCAAAGAUUCGAAGAACAGGCGGUGGCUUUGCGACGAAAGUUGCCGACCCCCUCAUUUACAUCCAAACGAUCCAAACAGCAGCGCAGGAUCUGAUUUCAAUCGUCAACAGCAUCAUCACUCUUAAUCGGUGGGCUGACAUCGCCAUGGCUGAACGGUCUGAUGCUCUACAUUCGAUUUACGAGCUUCAGGAGGGAAUAUCAAACGAAUUAUCGAAAGCCAUGUAUGGAAACACUCGCUAUACAGCCACGACGUUCUUUGUUCACGACUUCGCCUCCAGUUACAACAUAUUCAUUGAUUCGAACCUGCUGAGGGACACCUUGCUGCCAUUGAUUCUGAACGCAAUGCAAAACACACCAGGAGGUGUCAUCAAUAUUACUGCUUCAGUACGGCAGAGCAGUAGGGAGCUCGUAGUCGACAUUGAGGAUACUGGUUGCGGCAUUCAUCCCGAGGACCAGCAGCGUAUAUUCGAGGCUUUUGAGAAAGUCGAUGUGCACUCGAUAGGAGCUGGAUUGGGACUUACUCUGGCUUCCAAAUUCGCGACACUACUGGGUGGAUCGGUAACACUGAUGUCUUCUGUCCUGAAGAAGGGUUCGCAUUUCAGAGCUCUAUUCCGAGACGUCACGUUUGCUUGUCCACGUACGCCGCCACAGCCCUCGACGGACAAACUCAAGUCUCUCCCUUCAACAUUCUACAAGAUUGCAUCAGGCUCUGGAGGCUCCCCUCUGUCCGACUAUUUUUCCACGUUUCUGACUUAUCAGGGCUUCGCUCCUUCGAGAGAUCUACAUGAUUCAUUAGUCAUCUUUGACUUCGUUUCAGACAAACCGCAACUCCAAAUGGUUUUGUCUCAGGUGCCUCCAGAGCAGGUAGCAAUCUGUCUUGUUCCGGCCUCAGCCGCCGAAGCAGCGUUGCCACGAAUCCAGCGAAACAUUGUAUAUAUCAAAGGCCCAUUUCUCAGCUCAACGUUGGAGGAAGCGCUUGUACAGGCCAAUGGGCUUGUCGCUGAUAUGAAAGUGUCGGGAGUUCCUUCUGUUCACGUAGCCGACACGCUACUGUCGUCGCCCAGCCCUACCUCGCAACCAGCAUCCGGGGCCAUUUCUCAACCAAGAGAUUCAGCAGAUGAUAUCCGAUCAGUAACCGCCCCAGAUGCUGAUCUUGCUGUUCUCCAAUCUUCUGCAUAUGAAACGGCGGCUAUUGAAAGAGGUAAACCAAUCAUACCAGUCUUCGUAGCCCCUACCAGUUCGACAAAGCCGGAAGCGCUACUGGUAGAUGAUAACGCCAUAAACCUGCGCAUAAUGCAGAUGUACUGCAACAAGAGGGGCAUACCGUAUCAUUGUGCGACCGAUGGCAAGCAAGCCGUUGAGUUGUACUUGAAACACCAGUCGACAGCUGCAACAGGAGGUAGAAGCAGGAUCGAGCUGAUUCUCAUGGACCUUCAGAUGCCGGUCUGCGAUGGCAUCGAAGCAACACGGAAAAUCAGGUCGUUGGAGAAGCAGAACAGCUGGCCAUCAAGUGUUCUAUUCAUUGUCACGGGUCAAGACAGCCCAAGUGACAGGACAGACGCCGAAGAUGCCGGGGCUGACAACUACUUUGUGAAGCCAGUAGGCAUCAAAUUGUUGGAUGAGGGUGUCAGACGGCAUUUCCCAGCAUUCGAGCCUAGCUGA